AUGGAUCAUUCAAUAAAGAAGCGCAAGCGCAGAGAGGCCGAGGAUGCCGCGCCGGCCAAGACAAACGGCGCCGACAGAAUCUCCAAAAAGACGAAAAAGGCCAAGAAGCCUUCCCCCGAAGAGGAGGAAGUAGAGGACGAUGACGAAUUCGAGGGUUUUGACGAGGAGCAAGAAGAUGUAAAAGAUGGAGAAGAAGCAAGCUCUGAAGAACAGGCCGAGGAAGACGAAGACGACAAAGCGAACGGCACCGAUCUGCCGACCGAUAAUGCACCCAUACUUCCCAUGGCUGCCGACGCCCAGUCCUUUGACGAGCUGAAGCUUUCAGAGAAGACGAUGAAAGCUAUCAAGGAGAUGGGAUUCACCAAGAUGACUAGCAUUCAGAAGAGCGCUAUCCCUCCUCUGAUGGCUGGCAAGGACGUUCUGGGUGCGGCCAAGACUGGUUCCGGUAAAACGCUCGCUUUUCUGAUUCCCGCCAUUGAGAUUCUCUCGUCGCUGCGAUUCAAGCCCCGCAACGGUACCGGCGUCAUCGUCGUCUCGCCGACGCGCGAGCUGGCGCUGCAGAUUUUUGGCGUCGCGCGCGAGCUCAUGAAGCACCACUCGCAGACGUACGGCAUCGUCAUGGGCGGCGCCAACCGCAAGGCCGAGGCCGAGAAGCUCUCCAAGGGUGUCAACCUGAUCAUCGCCACGCCUGGCCGCCUGCUCGACCACCUCCUCUCCACGCCCUUUGUCUUUAAGAACCUCAAGUCUCUCAUCAUUGACGAGGCCGACCGCAUCCUCGAAGUUGGUUUCGAGGACGAGAUUCGCCAGAUUGUCAAGGUGCUCGCCAACGAUGACCGCCAGACCAUGCUCUUCUCCGCCACGCAGACGACAAAAGUCGAAGACCUCGCGCGCAUAUCGCUGCGGCCGGGCCCGCUCUACAUCAACGUCGACGAGGAAAAGGAGUUUAGCACCGUGGACGGCCUGGAGCAGGGCUACGUGCUGUGUGAUGCGGACAAGCGAUUUAUCCUGUUGUUUUCGUUUUUGCGCCAAAUGCACCAGAAGAAGAAAAAGGUUAUUGUCUUCUUUUCCAGCUGCAACUCGGUCAAGUACUACGCCGAGCUGCUCAACUACAUCGACUGCCCCGUGCUGGACCUGCACGGCAAGCAAAAACAGCAGAAGCGCACAAACACAUUCUUUGAGUUUAGCAACGCUCCUUGCGGUAUUUUAAUCUGCACGGAUGUCGCUGCCCGUGGUCUCGAUAUCCCCGCCGUCGACUUCAUCGUCCAAUUCGACCCUCCGGACAAUACGCGCGACUACAUUCACCGCGUCGGCCGCACGGCCCGCGGUGCGGGCAAGACGGGCCGCAGCUUGCUCUUCCUGCAGCCCAACGAGGUGGGCUUCCUGUCGCACCUCAAGGCGGCGCGCGUGCCCGUCGUCGAAUUCGAGUUCCCCGCCAAGAAGAUUAUCAAUGUGCAGUCGCAGCUCGAGAAGCUGAUUGGCAAGAAUUUCUACCUGCAGCAGAGCGCCAAGGAGGCGUUCAAGUCGUACCUGCACGCGUACGCGAGCCACAGCCUGCGCUCCGUCUACGAUGUCAACAAGCUUGACCUGGCCAAGGUCGGCAAGGGCUUCGGCUUUCCCACGCCGCCGCGCGUCGACAUCACGCUGGGCGGUUCCAUGAGCAGGGAGAGGGUGCAGGGACGGCGGUCAUAUGGCAGCCAGCCUCAGCAAAAGUUUAGUGGCAAACGGCGUUGA